UCUAUGAUCACUCCCCGCCCCCUCACACACACACACAGCCGGGGUCAGGGGUGGCGGUGACGUCACAGAUUGUCUUGUUGCUCAGCUGAUCGCAGACAGCCCGGAGGUCCCAUCAUCACCGGUGUCAGCAGCAGCAGUAGCCCCGGCAGCGGGGGAUGGAGCGGGAUCCCCAUCCCCGCAGCACCUGAGCCGCCGUCCACUCCGGCCGCCGAUGUGGGCAGGGCUGAAGAUCUCCUCCUCCAAGACUGGCAAGAUGUGGUUGAAAUUGUUUCUUCUGCUCCUGUACUUCCUCAUCCUCUUCAUCCUGGCAAGGUUUUUUGAGACCAUAGUAUGGUAUGAGACGGGCAUCUUUGCCAGCCAGCUUCUGGACCCGGUGACGUUAAGCUUCCACCAGCUAAAGACCAUCCUAGAAUGCCGUGGACUGGGGUAUUCAGGGCUCCCGGAGAAGAGAGAUGUCCGGGAGCUGGUGGAAAGAUCUGGGGAUCUUAUGGAAGGAGAGUUGUACUCUGCCUUAAAAGAAGAGGAGGCCUUGGAAGCCGGAUCCAGCACUAAUUUCAGUGGAGAAAUGCACUUCUAUGAGCUGGUAGAAGACACAAAAGAUGGCAUCUGGCUGGUGCAGGUGAUUGCAAAUGAUCGGAGCCCUCUUGUGAGCAGAGUCCACUGGGAGAAGAUGGUGAAAAAAGUCACUAAAUUUGGCAUCCGUGCGGGAACUUUCAACUGCUCGAGCGACCCCAGAUACUGCAGGAAGAGAGGUUGGAUGAGAUCGACACUCAUUAUGUCAGUGCCUCAAACCAGCACGUCCAAGGGGAAAGUCAUGCUUAAAGAGUACAGCGGACGUAAAAUUGAGACGGAGCAUAUUUUCAAGUGGAUAACCGCUCACGCCGCGUCGCGGAUCAAGACUAUUUACAACUCCGAGCAUCUGAGGCAGGAGUGGAACAAAAGCGACCAGUACAAGGUCAAGCUGUACCUGUUUGCCAACCUUGACCAGCCUCCAGCUUUCUUCUCCGCGCUGAGCGUAAAGUUCACCGGCAGAGUAGAAUUCAUCUUCGUCAGUGUCGGGAACUGGGACAACACAAGUUACAUGGAAGAAAUUGGCAUAACCAGAACGCCGUCCUACAUUUUGCAAACGCCAGAGGGAAUCUACAAGUACGGAAAUAAUACAGGAGAGUACGUCUCCCUCCGUGCCAUGGACUCCUUCCUACGUACUUUGCAGCCAGAAGUCAAUGACUUGUUUGUGCUCAGCCUGGUUCUGGUCAAUCUCAUGGCCUGGAUGGACCUGUUUAUCACACAAGGAGCCACCAUAAAGAGAUUUGUGGUUCUAAUCAGCACUUUAGGGGCAUACAAUUCCUUGCUAAUUAUUUCCUGGUUACCAGUUUUGGGCUUUUUGCAGUUACCUUACCUGGACAGCUUUUAUGAGUACAGCCUCAAGCUUCUCCGGUACUCGAACACCACCACUUUGGCCUCAUGGGUGAGAGCGGACUGGAUGUUCUAUUCUUCCCACCCUGCCCUUUUUCUAGGCACUUAUCUUGGCCACGGCUUGCUCAUCGACUACUUUGAAAAGAAAAGGCGGCGUAACAACAAUGCAGACGAGGUGAACGCCAAUAACCUGGAGUGGCUAUCCAGCCUCUGGGACUGGUACACCAGCUACCUGUUCCACCCGAUUGCCUCUUUUCAUCACUUUCCCAACAACUCAGACUGGGAUGAAGACCAAGAGCUCUUCCUUGAGCGAUUAGCCUUCCCUGAUUUAUGGCUUCAUCCUCUUAUCCCUUCAGAUUACAUAAAAAAUCUACCAACCUGGCAGUUCCAGUGUCAUAGCCAUUAUGCAGAAGAAGACCUCUCUGAGAGCUCUCUAGAAAGUGACAGUGACUCGGAGACCGAGCAACGCAAUGGUGUAACUUGUAGUAGUCGCCCGCUUAACCAUACCGGUUGUUGCACAGUCAAGCCUUCGUCAGAGUGCACUGGCCAGAUUUGCUCUUGUGUUGACACUGAAAGCCAAGGUAGCCCAUGCGGAAAAGAAGAUGGGUCAUAUGGUUCCUCUUGCACGAUGGACAGCCUGGAACCAAACUGGUCCAUGUGGCCGGAGAACAUGUUGCACUGUACAGAAUGCGUGGUGUGUCUAGAGAAUUUUGAAAAUGGCUCUCUGCUCAUGGGUCUACCAUGUGGUCACGUGUUCCACCAAAACUGCAUUGUAAUGUGGCUGGUGGGGGGAAGACACUGCUGCCCGGUUUGCCGCUGGGCAUCGUACAAAAAGAAACAUUCUACUCAUCAGUCACCUUUGUCAAGCCAAACCCCUUCUUAGCGCGUGCCACCUGCCUGACCGCUUCCUGGCCCGUAUCUGUUUGUACCUGUUAGAAAGUUUUGUGGGGUUUCUUUCAUUCUUAGUACAGUGAACUAAUGCACAUUAUGUUAGCGUCCAUGAUUCAUUUUGUUGCCUUGUGUGUUUAAACAUAAAUGCAUAUGUAAGCAAAAAAUAUUUUCUUUUUUUAUGAUUUCUCAAACUAUAUUCCUAGUUCAGUGUAUUACAUUUUUUUUUAUUUUAUUUUUUUACUUUUUGUUUUUUUUUAAUCAUUUUAUCUGCUAGUUUCUAAAGACCUCGCUCAGUGUUUCAAAAGUUUGUGACGGUACGUCCAGAAAGUUUAACCAAUGGUGUUAUUUUUAAUACACCUUAUCAGCAGAGGAGCAGAAAACGCUAAGUUUAUGUUUUAAUAAAAAUAAGUAUUUUUAUUUCAUAAUUUAAUGAGGGUCCUGUUUUGAAAACUGGUGCACAGGUAAUGGGAUAAAAGAUGCUGGAAGCCCUAGCAACAAAUCAGAUUUGCUUUCAUUUCUAAACUGACAGACUGGUUGCUAGGAGUUACAGCACAUAUUUUUUUUUGCAGCUUCCCGUGCACCAAUUUUCUUAAAUGUCCGCAAUAUUUCUAACCAGUCCUAUAACAUGCACUUACUCGCUGAGUCUUUUUCUGAUCCGUUUCAAAUGUUUCUUUAUUGUUUAAUGCACAUUAUUGCUCACUAGCUGUACUAGGCAGAGCUACAUUUUACGGGAUAAACCAAUAUUAAGCCUGUCUGUCUAUCCAUUCAUAAUUGGUGUCAUUACUGACUGAUCAAUACGUAAAGCAUAAAAGAGCCACUAAAUAAUACAGAAAAUGGAUCAUUGGUCCCUCCAUACCGUCCAUAUGGACUGCAGUGAAAUACGUAGAACAAACUUUAUUGGCACAAGGAAAUGAUGAACAUUUCUAGCUGUUUAUGGGCUCCUAAUUAUUUCUUAUUUUUUUAUGGCUAGUCAUAUUCUGAUAGUUAUCUUAUCCACAGCGUUUGUGCGAAAAGUAGAUUUCCAUAACCUAUUUCAAUGCAAAUACACCAUUUAAUAGAAAUACAGACUAUCAUUCUCCAGUUUCUUUAUUAAUCAAAGUUUAGUCAGGGGCUCAACAUUAUUCUAAUAAGAAAAAAUGGGUUUAACGUUCUCUGCUUGAAAGCAAAAUCUAUUAAAAAUUUUAAAGUUUAGGUUUGAAUAGCACUCAAGUGGCCUAAAAAUAAAAAUAUAGAACGUUUUACUGAUGCUACUUUGUGAACCCGCCAGUAAAUAAGGUUGUACAGUAUUUUGGGGUGAUCAAGAAUUAAAGAUGCCCUUAAUGCCGAACUGGGGACCUAUUAAAACAGUCCUGGUCAACUGCUGUGAAACUAAAAGUCCCAGCAUGCCGACACAGUUUUGCUUAGGGAAAGAUAAAACUGUGGCAGGGCAUGCUGGAAUGUGUAGUUUCACAACAGCUGGAGAGCCACAGGUUGGUCAGGCCUGCUUAAUGGAUUAUUCCAACCAAAACUGAAACUUCCCAGAAGGCUGUGUACCUGAUGUCAAAGUUUCAGGCUGUAUGACAAGACCGUAGAUUUUUACGUGCCUCUGUAAAAUCAAAUACACAGGUCAACUUCACACAGUAAAGGCAUCAAUUUCUGGAGGCUGAAGCUAGGUCCAUUGAGGUCCCUGUGGUGUUUCUUGAUUUCUGGUCAUGGAGUACUGCUUCCUAGUGACUUUACAAGCUAAACGCGCAUGGGUCAGCCCACAAAAUGGCAGCUCCGUUGUGUAUAGCUGACAGGCUCACGUGACGUUGUACCUAUCCACUGCAUACAGCACACCAGUAUUCAGACUAUUCAAUAACCUGAAUGUCCCUGGUUUCUAAUGAAUUGAUAGGUGGUGUCCUCCUGAAUAUUGGUUUAGCCCACAAAAUGGCCGCUUCCACUAUGUACACUUUAACAAGCAGUGAUGAAAACUAAUGGCUAACUGUAUAGUAGCAGUUGUAAAUUAUGUUUUAGCCCUUACUGUUCAAGGCCUCCAUUUGGCUAAUGAUGAACUCUUCAGAUUAGACUAAAAGUUAAAUAAGUUUAAUUUUCAGUACAACCAUUUACACAAAUGGGGAUUGUAUGAGCGGAUGUCGUCAUCUCAUUCUUGUAACAUAAUUCAGUCUUUUUUUUUUCUUUAUAAAUGUGAAGGGGACUAAAAAAAAAAUCUAUAUAUUAAAAUUACCUUGGAAAAGAGAUGCACAUGAGAUAUCUGUAUAAUCUAAUACUUUUAUUUGAUUAAAAAUGGAAUUGACCUAAA